AUGACUCAGUUUUUACCAGAUAACUUGUUAGCGUUGUUCGAGGCACGACCGCCAUUGCUCUAUAAACCUCCUGCAGAUGAUUUACUCAUUGAUCGCAAAAGACCGAAGAUGUCGGGAUUGUCCGAGUAUGUGCAUCUGUUUGAGGAUCCGAAAGACACACCACCGAAGCCAGUUUUCGAGUCGAAGGAGGAGCGUCGUGCGCGUCGUCGUAAGGAAAAAGAAGAGCUGUUAGCGUAUAAAAUCGAGCAGGGAAUUGCAACGUGGACCCCAGCUGAUAAUCCAUCCGCAACGCUUGACCCAUACAGAACGCUGUUCGUUGCACGCAUCAAUUACGAAACUUCUGAGUCAAAGUUGCGGCGCGAAUUUGAACAGUUCGGGAAGGUCACAAAGUUGGUCCUUGUUCAAGAUCAUAAUGGUAAACCACGUGGAUAUGCCUUCAUUGAAUAUCAGCAUAAAGAAAAUAUGUCUGAAGCAUACAAAAAAGCGGAUGGAAUGAAAAUUGACGGACGUCGUGUCGUUGUUGAUUACGAACGUGGACGAACUCAAAAAUCGUGGCUUCCAAGGCGAUUGGGUGGUGGUAAGGGUGAUACUCGACGAACACGUGAAUCAAAGGCAGUACUUGAAGCAGCAGCAGCGUUAGAAACUCCUGAGGAGAAAGAUCGCGAGCAUCGAUCAUCAUCUAGGCAUCGAUCACGUGAUCGUGAUAGUCGUGAUCGGACUAGUGAACGUGAUCGGAAUGGCGUUUCAUCGAGACGGAGAAGUCGAAGUCGUGACCGCGAUCGCGAACGUGAUCGUGAUCGUGAUCGCGAUCGUGAUAGAGAUCGUGACUCAAAAAGGUAA